AUGGCAGACUUUCCAGUUGUUGACAUGGGAAAGCUGAACACUGAAGAGAGAGGAGCUGCCAUGGAGAAGAUAAAAGAUGCUUGUGAGCACUGGGGUUUCUUUGAGUUGGUGAACCAUGGUAUAUCCAUUGAGUUGAUGGACACUGUGGAAAGGUUAACAAAAGAGCACUACAAGAAGACUAUGGAGCAAAGGUUCAAAGAAAUGGUCGCCAGCAAAGGUCUUGAGUCUGUUCAGGCAGAAAUCAAGGACUUGGACUGGGAAAGCACCUUUUUUCUGCGCCACCUUCCGGUCUCCAAUGUUUCAGACAACGCAGAUCUUGAUGAAGAAUACAGGAAGAUAAUGAAGCAGUUUGCACUGGAAUUGGAGAAACUUGCAGAGCAUCUUCUUGACUUGCUGUGCGAGAAUCUUGGACUGGAGAAAGGGUACCUGAAGAAGGUGUUCUAUGGAUCCAAGGGCCCAAAUUUUGGCACCAAAGUUAGCAACUACCCUCCUUGUCCCACCCCUGAUCUCAUCAAGGGCCUAAGAGCUCACACUGAUGCUGGUGGCAUUAUCCUACUGUUCCAAGAUGACAAAGUCAGUGGACUGCAGCUCCUCAAGGAUGACCAGUGGAUCGAUGUCCCACCAAUGCGUCACUCCAUUGUCAUCAACCUUGGUGACCAACUUGAGGUCAUAACCAAUGGCAAGUACAAGAGUGUCAUGCACCGAGUCAUUGCUCAAACGGAUGGCAACAGAAUGUCCCUGGCUUCGUUCUAUAACCCUGGUGAUGAUGCUGUGAUCUCUCCAGCACCAGCCUUGGUGAAGGAAUCGGAUGAUACAAGCCAAGUGUACCCGAAAUUUGUGUUUGAUGAUUACAUGAAGCUCUAUGCUGGUCUCAAGUUUCAGGCUAAAGAGCCAAGGUUUGAAGCUAUGAAGGCCGUGUCAAGCGUUGAUGUGGGGGCCAUAGCCACAGUUUGA